CCUUGUCCUACUUUUCCGAAGUCAAGAAGUCCUCACAUAAAGAGGAACUUGUUCAGUGACAGAAAAGGUCAUUUCUGCUGGCCAAGCACUUGGAAAGGAGACAGGAAGCAUAUUAUUUUUAAAAGCUGAGAGUCUGAGAGCAUCGCGGCGAGCAGCUGCCAGCAGACAUGGGUCCUUCCUCCUCCAGCUCCCAGUUCACCUCCAGCCGGGUACUCGCUCUGGCUGCUCUGGCACUCGUCCUACUGCUAUGCCUGGGGCCAAAUGUCACAAGAGGAAACAAACUCAAGCUCAUGCUUCAAAAACGAGAAGCAUCUGAUCCAACAAAGACGGAAGUGUCAGUGGGUGAAAACAAAGCAAAGGAAUUUUUAAACGGCAUGAAACGCCAGAAACGCCAGCUGUGGGACCGAAGUCAGCCAGAUGUUCAGCAGUGGUACCAGCAAUUUCUCUACAUGGGUUUUGAUGAAGCUAAAUUUGAAGAUGAUGUUACUUAUUGGACAAACAGAGGCCGCGAUGGCCAUGACUACUAUGGAGGUUACUACCAGCGCCAUUAUGAUGAAGAUGCUGCCAUUGGGCCUCGGCAUCCCCACACCUUUAGGCACGGAGCCAGUGUCAACUAUGAUGACUACUGAGUGCCUUUUCUGAUGCUCUGGAAAAGGCACCAGGGUUUUUGUUGGUUUUUUUUACUUACCCCAAAGGGUUGUUAUGAGGAUCAAAGGCAAUAAUAUGUAUGUAAAGCACUUUGCAAACCUUAAGCACUAUAUACAUGUGAGCUAUUAUUAUUCCUGAUUUACUAAUGCAUUUUGAAAAGAUUUUUGUUUGUUUGUUAUAAAUCUAAUCACUGCCAAACAAAAACAUUCUUGUCCAUGUCCAUGUUUACCACUCCACUCCAUAUACUGGAGACCUUCCUCAUUUUUUCCUCUCAUUAGGAGGAAGACAUGAAAUUAUGCAGGAAGUAUAAACAGUUCAAUUUAAAAAUAAAAACAUACAACCAUAAAGAAACAGGGGAUGCUUACAGUCUUAGGAUGGUGUCUUAAGGCUGCCCUGAGACUUUUGGGAUGCCCUGUGUAUUAACAUUAAAAAAAAUAACAGCAAUGCUUUCUUUGCUUCUGUGUCCCUAUUUCCUCUGUAUAUCUUUUUAUCAGACUUUGUUGCUGUUUUUAAAAUAAAUAAAUAAAUCUAUGAUCAUAGCAAAUAUAUCGUAUUUCCAAUACUGUACCCUUCCUUCUAUAGAUCUUGCCAUAUUUGUUGUCUUAUCUUUGUCAUUUCUGAAUGGCACAAUAAUCCAUUCUGAUCUAUUUUCUAACUCCAACUACAUUUCUGUUUUAUUUUAAUCCAUAUAUAUCUAUAUCUAUAUCUUUCUCUUUAUGACUCUAGUGCAAUUUCUAAAGAACAAUAGAAACACCAUCUGAAGUUUGAUGUAGCUAAUGUAUUGAUAUACUACAUUUUAUACCAGAAAUAAACUUUUGUUCAAAAAUG